AUGCCACGUGAACACGUCGAAUGGUUUAUGAAACAAUCAGUACAUGAUAGUGAUAAAAUACAUGCUCAACAAAGUUGUACUUAUUAUUCAAUUGUAAAUGUCAACAAAACAAACAAUCCAUAUUUGAGUUCUUAUGAACAAGAGCAAACAUGGACAUUAACACGAACAAUAUCAAAUAAUCAUAAACGAUAUCAAUCAUCAAUAGAAAAUAUUCAUUUAACAAUGCCUAUUUCAUCAUUAAAAACAAAACAUCCUGAUUAUGAAAAUAUUAAUAUAAGAAAAGAUCGAUCCACUUCACUUUUACCGUCAAAUAGAUAUCCAUCAUUAUCAUCAUCAUCAUCACGUCAUUCUUCUGCUACUACAAUGAAUUCAAUGAUGCAUCAAGAACAACAAAUUUUACCAAUAACCAACAGUAAUUCAAUUUUAAAACACUCACUAUCAUUAAGCAAACCUAUGCGUACAUUUCCUACUAAUGGCAACUUUGUUGUACGAAUUUAA